GAAGCUCCAAUCAGAGGCAGGGGCACCCAAAAUACACAAAGCAAGACGUCACUGCGCCUGCGCCGUUGAUCCAGGAAGCGCCGGAGCCGAGACGAGACGAUGCCUCAGUCACAGAUGUUGGUGUGUCGGGGAACAGCUGAUUAACAGGAGUUCUGACCACUUCCUGUCCCGGUCCCGGUCCGGGCGACAGCCAUGGCGUGCCGCCCGCCCUGCCCCAGACUGUGCUCCCGCUCGUCGGCCUACACUCUGGCUCUCGGCCUGGGCUUUGUCGCCUUGGGGACCAGUCGUAUCCUGCUGCUCAAAUUCUCUGCCAAUGCAGAGAACAAGUACGACUUCCUCCCUGCAUCCGUCAACCUCCUGGCCGAGGCGAUCAAACUGCUCUUCUGUCUGAUCAUGUCGCUCAGGGUCAUAGUCCGAGAGGGACGAUCCUGCCGAGAGCUGGGCUGCUCCUCCAGCUCCUCCUUCCUCAGCUCCCUGAAGUGGGCCAUCCCUGCUUUCCUCUACUUCCUCGACAACCUCAUCAUCUUCUUCGUGAUGACCUACCUGCAGCCCGCCAUGGCAGUCUUGUUCUCCAACUUCGUCAUCCUCACCACAGCUGUGCUUUUUCGAAUAGUUUUGAAGAGGCACCUGUCCUGGGUCCAGUGGGCAGCGUUGGUCGUCCUCUUCCUGGCCAUCGUGUCCUUGACGACGGGAUCCGGGAGCAGCCAGAACGCCGUGGCCGUGCACGGCGUCCACUCCAACCCUCUCUCCAGCCCGUCCAACUCCUGCCUGCUCUACACGCAGCUGCUAGAGCAGAUGAGGAACAGCAGUGCCAACGAAUCGUGGCCGUUGUCGCCGACCAUUCAGGCCUGGAGGAACAGGAUCGUGGGGAAGCUUCGGUCUUUUGGCGUGGGCCACGUCCUGCUCCUGCUCCAGUGCCUCAUCUCGUCCAUGGCCAACAUCUACAACGAGAAGAUCUUAAAAGAGGGAGACCAGCUGACGGAGAGCAUCUUCAUCCAGAACAGCAAACUGUACGCCUUCAGCGUGGUGUUUAACGGUCUGACCCUUGGGCUCGGCAGCGAGGCGCGAGGCCUCACCGAGCACUGCGGCCUCCUCCACGGACACAACCUCUACUCCCUGGCUCUGGUGCUGGUCACUGCCGCCCUGGGUCUAUCCGUGGCCUUCAUCUUGAAGUUCCGAGACAACAUGUUCCACGUGCUGACGGGCCAGAUCACCACGGUUCUCGUCACCGCCCUCUCCUUCUUCCUCUUCGACUUCCGCCCCUCAAUGGACUUCUUCCUCCAGGCGCCGGUGGUGCUGCUCGCCAUCUUCAUCUACAACGCCAGCCGGCCCAAGGACCUGGAGUACACCCUGCAGCAGGAGAAGCUGCGGGUCAUCAACGGAGAGGUGUUCGAGAGGUCCAGAGGGGACGGCGAGGAGCUUGAGCUGCUGGCGAAGCCCAACACGGACAGUGAGUCUGAGGAGGAGUCGCUGUAGUUCCCCACAGAAGAGAAGCUCGUCCUCUUCGCCGCCGCACAACGGACUCGUCGUCCCCGGACGCCGCGCGGUCACAGACGUGUGAGUGAACGCUCACGGUGGACGACGGCGCCGUCGAUCGAAGGUGUGAUGGAGUCUUGUCAGACCGCUGUGAAAACUCCAGGCUGUUGUGUAUAUUUUUUGAUGUGCCUGUCUGGUGUGUGUGACUGCUGUCAGUCGAAGAGCGAGAGGAAAAACCAGCAUCACGAACCUGCUGGACAGUAACCGUGGGAUCGUUGAGCUUUUUUCGUGACAUUCUAAAACGUGAAAAUGUAAUUUAAUGUACUAAAGCAGCGAUCAAUAAUCACCAAAUUUCUCUCAGGUAUGCUUCCUCAUAAAAAAAAAAUCAAACCCAAAAUCAUAUAAUUAUGGACGUUAUUUCACAUUAAGCACAUGAAGACACGUGAAGCCUUUUUCGUAUAAUGGGUUUCUAUUUGGAAAAGGCUUGAUGUAAGAUCACGUCCAUAAUUAAAGGAUUUCACGUUUGAUUUUUUUCACAGGUGUAAAUGUUUAUGGCGAAGCAUAUGUGAGAGAAGUUUGGUGAUUAUUGAUCGCUGCUUUGGCAAAUUAAGUGAACGUUAGCCUUUUCACAUUACACGUUUUAGAACGUCACGUUUUUUAGUUAUUCUCUCAACAAAUUAUUCCUGUUGAUUGAAUGUGCAGCUAUUUUACUGAAUUCAUUCGAUCGAUAAGUUUUAUUCAGCAACCGCCACAUUUGAUAAUCGUAACUUUUGUUUUAGAUUUUUUUUUAUUCCGUACGCUGUGGAAAACGUCAAGUCCACAAACUACAGCUUCAGAAAGAACAAUGAAAUUCUGGAUUAUUCAUCGCUGAACUCAACUGUUGGUUCCAUCGCAGUGUGCAGGAGUUAAUAUUUUCUUUUUUUAAAAUAACUCUACCAGAACUAUCAGCACAGACACAAUGGACCACUUUGAGUGUGAAUUUCGUAAAGCACAAGGACCUGGCUCUCCGUUCUUCUACUUGGCCUUGAACAUUUUUUUGUGUGCGUGUUGGUGUGUGUAAUGGCAGAGUACACACACACACACACACACACACACACACACACACACACACACAAAAAGAGUAGAUGUGUUGCGACUGUGAAAUAUAAUGAAUUGUUUUGUGCCAUGAAAAAUCUGAACGCGUAUGAAAAUGCCAUCUGCUCCGAAAUAAACUGCAAGUAAACUUC